AUGAAGUUACCAUUUUACACGACAGCAAUUCUCUUCUCCAGUGGUUCAUACGCCGCAACCAUGAGGCGAGCGCUCCCAGAUUUCACCACUUCGGAAGCCGGCAACCCUUUCGUGGACGGGUGGUACGCCGAUCCCGACACAUGCGUCUACAAGGGCCAGUAUUGGGUAUUCCCGACCUCAUCCUACGCCUAUGACGAGCAGACCUAUCUAGAUGCUUUCUCUUCGACCGACUUAGUGCACUGGACCAAACAUGCGGACAUCAUUACCAAAGCCCAGGUAUCUUGGGCAAACAGAGCCAUGUGGGCGCCCGCCCAUAUUGAACGCGACGGAAAAUACUACCUGUACUUUGCAGCCAAUGAUAUCCAAGAGGGAGAAAAGCAGGUUGGCGGUAUUGGUGUUGCCGUAGCAGACCAGCCCGAGGGCCCUUACAAAGAUGCGAUCGGGAAGCCGCUCAUUGGCGAGUACUAUAAUGGGGCACAACCCAUCGAUCAAGAUGUCUUCAUCGACGAUGAUGGUCAGGCGUAUAUCUACUAUGGUGGCCACGCGCAUGCCAAUGUUGCCAAGCUGAACAGCGAUAUGGUCAGCAUCGGCACCUUCUCAGACGGGAGCCAGUUCAAAGAAAUCACACCCGAGAACUAUGUGGAGGGUUCCCUGAUGUUCAAGCGCAAUGGGAAGUACUACCUCAUGUGGUCUGAAGGGGGAUGGACGGGCCCGGAUUACUCAGUCUCAUACGCCAUUUCGGAUUCACCCAUUGGCCCUUUUAACCGGGAAGCCAAGAUUCUCCAGCAGGAUACCGCUGUAGCAACUGGUUCUGGCCAUAACGGGGUCAUCAAAGUCCCCGGAACGGACAUCUGGUACAUCUUCUAUCACCGCAGGCCAUUAGGCGAUAGUGAUGGCAACCAUCGUCAUCUUGCCUAUGAUAGGAUGUACUUCAAUGAGGAUGGGACAAUCAAGCCAGUUACGAUGCUGGUCAAGGACAACUUUGAGGACGGGAACCUGAUUGGCUGGAACACCUCUUUUGAAGGGUCCUUCUCAGUCAAGGACGGGAAGCUUAAGGCGGAAAAGGCCACAAGUGGAAAGGCCCUUCAGAACACAGGAUUCGAGGAUUUGGUGUUUGACAUCGACAUCGCCCUCGUUGAUCCAGAUGUUGGGUCAAACGCUCAAGAUUCCGGUGAUGCGGGAGUUCUUUUCGGCGUUACGAGUGCUUCAGCAGGAAUCGACAGCUUGACUGGGUUCUACGCUGCAAUUGACGCAUCAGGCGAGGUCGUUCUAGGUCAAAUGGACCAGAGUUGGACUCAACUAGCAUCUGCCCAGACGCCGAUCCAGACUGGAACAGACUACCAUUUAAGGGUGACUGUCAUUAACAAGGAGGUCAAAGUUUUUGUUGAUGAUAUGAGCGCCCCUAAGCUGACACACGUCGUUUCGAAGAGUACAAAGGGUACCACGGGAGUGCGAGUGUUCCGAACCGGGGCUCUCUAUGAUAACCUUUCUGUUGCACACCCGCAGUAA